GUCUAGCAUGGUGCUCCACAGAGCCAUUCAGGCAGCUCGUGAAGGGGAUAUAGAAGCUCUGAGGGCCCUGCAUGUGUCCGGAUGUCUCAGUCCUACCAUCACAGAUGCCCAGGGAGCUUCUCCUGUCCACCACGCCGCCCGCUGCGGCCAACUGGAGUGCCUGGAAUUUCUGGUGAACGAUGGUUGUUUCCCCUGCCACACCCGUACGAAGAAUGGCGCCACGGCCGCCCAUGAUGCUGCUGCCACUGGGCACGUGCGGGAGCUGCAGUGGCUGCUGAGACAGAACAAGUGUGGGAUUGAGGAUCGUGAUGGCGAAGGAGCGACGGCCCUGCACCUGGCUGCCAGGUUUGGCCAUGCGGAGGCAGUACAGUGGCUGUUGUUUGAGGGAGGAAGCACAGAGGCAGAGACAGAUUGUGGAGCUCGACCUGUCCAUUAUGCUGCAGCUAGCGGAGACCUCACUUCCCUCAAACUGCUCAUGUCCUGCUCUCCACGGUGUGUGGACUGCCAGACAGGAACUGGGGCCACUCCUCUAUAUCUGGCCUGUCAGGAGGGGCAUCUGCAUUUGGUUGAAUACCUUGUGAAGGACUGUGGUGCAAAUGUCCAUGUGCAGGCCAGAGAUGGCAUGAGUGUGUUACAUGCAGCUGCCCACAUGGGACACUACGCCUUGGUGGUCUGGCUGGCCUCCUUCACAGAUCUGGAUCUGUCCUGUCAAGAUAAGGAUGGAGCCACAGCAUUGCACUUUGCUGCCAGCGAGGGCCACCAUCGCAUUGUGGAGCGUCUGUUACUGAUGGGUGCAAAGGUGCUGAAGGACCUCUGGGGUGGGACCCCCCUGCAUGACGCAGCGGAGAAUGGCGAACUGGAGUGCUGCCGAGUGCUGCUGAAUAAUCACAUCAGUCCACUAGAGAGAGAUUCAGAUGGGUUUACUGCAGUGGAGCUGGCAGAAUACAAUGGCUAUCACGACUGUGCCAACUUCCUCCGUGAUGCUGAUGCUCAUCAGUCUGCAGAUAUUGUUCUCAUAGAAGAGGAAAGGACCUUGUUUAGCACAGCUGACCCCUAUCAGGACAUUAAGGACCUGUCUUGUGAACUAGGACAUAGCGGCAGGAUGGAAAAUAGCAAGCAGCCAGUGAAUGAAGUCCCUCCCCAGCCUCGUCCCUCUCCAGCAUACCCCGAUAACUCAUCUGCAUUACCAGCCUCCUCACAGGCUAAGAAAGGUGGAGCUGGAACCAUUCAAGUGGCCUCUACAGUUGUAACUUCAUUCAACAUGAGGAAACACCUUGAGGAAGAGGAGACAGUUUUAUCCCAGAAGUCCAUGAGGUCGCUGAGACAAGCAGGAAUCACUGCGGUCUUCACUGGACAAACAAUAAAUAAAGGUCAGAAUGAAAUUGUUCCACUCGCAGCACUGGAGGCAAAUCUUGCUGACAUUGAUUCUCUGAUCCCAACUCAUGAUGAGAACGGGAGGCCCAUUGCUGAAUGGAAGAGGCAGGUUAUGGUGCGCAAGCUUCAGGCUCGACUGCAGGACGAAGAUGUCCACAGCCGAAAAGACAACAGUGACGAACACACUGAGGUGGAUGGUUGGAGGUACUCCCAAGUCCACAAUGUCAUUCUGGGCCCCUUUGGAGAACUGCUUACUGAAGACGACCUGGUCUACCUGGAGGGACAGAUUGAAACGAUCUCCCUUCAGAAACGAUGCCAGGCCUAUGAAUUAGAGCUUGCUCGCCUGGCGGAGGAACUGAGGACCAUCCUUCCUGCUCCCAUUGUUAAUAUUACAGUCAACACUCAGAGCCAGCAACUCCCAAACAUGGAGGAAUCUCUGCCUCUUCCUGUGUGGUACAGUCGCAUCUCAAAUAUAGUAAAGAGCAUGUCACUGCUCUUGACAAACAUCUCAGAAACAAACAGUGAGGAUGGGAUCAGUAAAAUGCCAAACACAGAUCUGGCAUCGGUCUUCACAUACCAGCCAGAGAGGCAAAGUUCAAUCAAAGGACGAAGGCAGAAGGUGGAAAUGGAGAUCCAGCAAUCAGGAGUUUCUGUGAGAAAUUUGAGGUCCAACUUUGAGGGUCAGAUAGGAAACAUCUACCCAUUUGCUGGGCUUUUAAACAACACAUCAGACGCAAAGCAGCAAAAGCUAACUGCAUCAACAAAUCGUAAGGAGCAGCAAAUGGGGACAACUCAAAGCACUGACAUAAAUCACAUUAAUGACAGUGGCAUAAAAUGCCAACAGGCACCAGGCAAAGAUGGAAAUAAAGUGGUGGAGACCACCUGCUUGCGGAAGGAGCGUAUUGUUGUCCUCUUUUUGAGCCACUGGAAAAGGUCUGCGUAUGCAAUAUCAAUGCGAGCCAAGAUGAAACAAGAGCUUGGCACUCUUACAGGAGAAGCAAUAACAGCUCCAGUCUCCAAGCCAGGAACCAGAUCACUGUAUCAUCUUUACAGGCAAAGAACCGCAAUAGACAAGAUGAUUGGCAACUGGAAACGCAUUGCCUCAGGGGUCCCAUCACGACAAAUCAGGAGCCUCCAAAAGAAGCAUGUGACCUACUCGCCCGAGCAGUUCCUUCCUCGUGUGGACGGCGCUCCUGUUGCUUACGACAGCUUGACCCUUGACCUAUUCAUGCUUGGUUAUUUUCACAUCCUUGAGCUGGACCUCCCAGCUGAGGAGCGCAAGAUGAGGCAUCUGCUAUGCUUUGAAGUGUUUGACCACGUGGGGAACUUUCCCUGGGAGGCAGUCCGAGACUUCCACCGGGCCGUCCUCAGGGAGAUUGAGGCUGGGAGGCGGGAAUGGAAAGAUGGUUUUGAGGACAUCAAAAUGCAAUACUUUGGGAAAAGAGAAAAUGCGAAAUCUGUGAAGAAUUCUUGUGCCGGGGUUAAAGCUGUGCCACAGGUUAUCAUCGAAAAUACCGUAUCAGUUGAUGGAGGACAUCCCAGUGGAGAUGAAAGCAAUGAUUUCUCAAUGUUUAGCAAUGAUGAAAUUUGUAAAUACAUUGAUCGGAGUUUCACCUUCUGGAAGGAGAAAGAAGCCGAGCUGUUUGAUUUUUGAGAUUUUUGAAUGCGGUGAUGGUUUACACUGUAUGUGAAGACAUAUGAUUUGAAUGCAAAAUAAUUUUGAGGCUUUUUGAAUACAGAUAAAUUAAUGAAAAAGAUGUUUUAAGUAAUACAGCACCAAGUAAAAUGUACCUUAUAUAAAUGAAUACCAUUACACAAUGAUAAGAAUCUGGCCAAAGGAGUUUUACAGCCAUGUGCAUUGCACAUAUUUUGAUGUUUGCUCUUUCUCUUUUAUAAAUA